GGGUCGGUGUUUCACGACAUGGAUCUGUGGACCACCGUGAUCGAAAAGACUACCGCGAUAGCCGAGCGGCUCUUGGACAAGCACGCGGACGUGUUUGGUUUUCUGGAGAGGCGCGAAGGCAGAGUAUCGGCCGGGAACGAGGCCUCCGAGGUUGUGCUGCGUGCGAUUGCGCGCGCCGCAAACACCUGGGUGUGCAAGCACUUGUGGCGAGAACUGGUGGCAGCCGAGCUCCUGAGGAAGCACGACUACGACGCGGACGUCGUGUUUAGACUUUACGGGAAACUCGUCUAUUCCACCACGGGAAAGGAGUUUUCGAGCGGGGACGUGCCCAUCGACGUGUACGAGUUUCUCAAGGACAAUGAUCCGCCGACCGGGACUAGUCCCUCGAUGGAAGUGUUUCGCAUGAUGCGUCCCUGUGCAUUUUGCGCGACAACGCCUGUCAUAUCGAGACCCUGAUUACGAAAACGCCCAUGUCGCAUCGCGUUCGAGUCCUGAUUGUGGAAGCAACGAGGCUCUCGCCACUCGAGGCCAUUAUGCGACACG